UAGUGUGUGUGUGCGGGGCGGGGUAGUCAAGUCUGCUAACGGACAGCCACCCAGAGAGGGAGCUGAACACAGUCUACCCGAGAGGGAGCAGCUCAAAUAUGAUCUCUCUGAUACCCAGGAUCUCCGUCUUCGGCUUGUUGUGGGUGCUGGCAUUCGGACAGAUCCCAGAACCAGAAAACCUGCGAAUUGAUUUUGUCGAUUCAAAAUGUAUCCUCAGAUGGGAUCCUGUAUUUUAUCGAAGUGAUUUAGUGACAUACUCCGUUCAAAGAACAUUCGAAAGCCAUAAAAAUCGAAGUUGGCUGGAUGUGCAGAACUGCAUGCUGACCACUGAAACAAGAUGUAAAUUGUCGAACGAUUUCAAUGUGGCUUACAACCUAAGAGUGAGAGCAGAACAUGGAAUUGAAAGAUCAAACUGGGUUGAAGCAGUGGCUGAACCAAAAAAUGUGAGAGUUGAUUCUUUGAAUAAAAAGCAUGUUGUCAAAUGGGAUCCAGAUGUUUACCAACUUGGCCCUGUGACCUAUUCUGUCCAGUACCAAGGAAACUACGAAAGAAUGCACAAUGAAAGUUGGUCAGAAGCACAGAACUGUACACGUGUCACUGAAACGGAUUGCGAUUUGUUGGACAGUUUUGCGUUCUACGCAAAGUAUUAUCUAAGAGUGAGAGCAGAACUUGGAAGUGCAACGUCACCCUGGGUUGAAAUAUUGCCCUUUUAUCCAUAUAAAGACACUGUGAUUGGGCCUCCAUCAGUUGAUGUGCUGUCUGAGGCAGGUGUACUACACAUCACCAUUGCAGGACCAGUCACUGAAAAUAAACUUCCACUGAGCAAUGAUUAUGAAGAUCUUGCAUACCGUAUAUUUUAUUGGAAAGAGAAUGAAGAUGGAAAUGUGAAAAUAGAUAACAAAUCCGUUACAACAUCAACUGUUUUGCUCGAUCUCCAACCAUGGACCAGAUACUGUUUGAAAGUACAGGCCUAUUCUAAGGCGAGUUCUAAACAAGGACAGUUCAGUCCUGUGAUUUGCGAAUCUGUCACUGCCAAUACUAAGACAAGAGCUUUGGCAGUGGCACAGGUCCUUUUUAUAACAUUGCUUGCUGUUUUGGUGGUAACAUUGGGUUGUUUCUUCUUUGUCAUCUAUGCUCGCAAAGCCAUCAAGUACCUGAUGUAUCCUUCCUACAGUCUCCCAGUACACAUUAGAGAGUACUUAACUGAGCCAUCCCAACAACCAAUGCUUGCAACACUGAAUAAAGAAGAUCUGCAUGAAGAGCAUUGGGACAAGCUCUCCAUUGUCUCACAAUCUGAAAUUCCUUCGGUAUUACUGAAUUCAACUAAAACUGAUACUUCAAAGUCAGAGAAGGAUAAAACCGCAUCUGGUGGGAAGAUACUUAAUGAAGAAGAUGAUGUGCAAAGCAGUCAAUCAAGUGUGGAUUCUGGACAUUAUUCCAACAGUACGGAAAAUUCUGUCAGUAAAACUCCACAGAGUUCAAGAAGAAACACCUAAAACAUAUCAAUUCAAAGACAAUGUGAAUUUGGUGGACUAACAUUAGCCUUUCCUCUGCCUCCUGAAAUUGACUUUGUGGUUUACUAAGAACUGACGUAUUUACUUUCACAAAAGGAAAUGAAACUGAGAAUCUCUGUAUUCAACAUUAUUUUUAGUGCUCAAAAACGAGCAUUUGGGACUUAAUCGGAAAACAUAAAUAACUUCAAGGUACUAACAUUUUAAUUCAUAGGUCUGCUGAGGGAUGUAAACAGCCAAGCCACAAUCUAGUCUAUAAACUCAAAUUGGAAAAUCGAAAUAUUUGUGCCAAAUAUUUCUUACUGUACAGGCAGACUUAAAAAAAGAUUGCCCUCCAAGUUAUUCUUUUUAAAAUUGGAACUGGUUAAAGGAGUUGGUAAAAGCGAGCAUGCCUUCUCUAUUAAGCCAGCACCAGGAUGGACUCCCAGCUGACCCUGUUGUGGGGUGAGGGCAGUGUGAAGUGUCACAUUCUAGGGUUCUCUGUGGCCCAUGAAGGGGCCCGCAGGUGGCAAUGGUACCUCCACCACACUGCACGCCCUCCAUAAAUGUCUCUUCCACUCGGCAAUCAUAAUCACUGGGACCCAAGUGACCCCUCCCUUCCACACACAGCCAUCCGACCCAUCAAACAAGACGUCUUCUCAAGAUUGCUGGCCAUGGAUGCAUCCUCAUCGUCCAGGCGGAGUGCCAGCUGUGAUCAUUAUGAGUGAUGGUGCUGCUGAGCUGCCAACCCUCUGAUUGGGACCUUCAUGUGGAGGCAAGCCUGGUAGGAAUAGCCACUAAAUUGGUCUCCACCAGAAGAGUGAGGUUAUCUGCUUGCUUUUGACCCUGAAGGCAGAUCAUGUCCAACUUCCACAAAACCUGAACCUUCCUUUCCACAUCUGUCUAAGGCACUGUUCGCCAGGAGGCCUCCUGAGGCGAUUCUCACCAAGUUACUUUAUUUUCAGUGACAGCACUGUAGGUGUACUUACACCAAGUGGAUUGUAGCAGUUUCAGAAAGGCAGCUCGCCAUUAUCUUCUCAAGGGCAACAAUGGAUGGGUGAUACAUAAUGGCCCAGCCAACAAUGCCCACAUUCGCAUGAUGAAAUAAAACAAAAACUAAAGUAUGGGUUGGAAGGUUGAAACAUUCAAGAUGUUGUCAAGUCCAAGGUUUGUUUAUCUCCGUGAACAGACUCCAUGGAGUAUGUUUUUCUAAAACAACUUGGUUCCCCUUUGAAUGAUAGUCUUUCUGUAUUGUGAUUUGACGGAUUAAGCUGGACCUCCUGGCCUUCUCUCACAGUUGGUGUGUGGGUAACAGAUGUGGUAAGCAGGAUAAAACAUGAAUGACUUCACCCUGACCUCAUGUUCCAUGUGGGGCUAGGAACCAGGUCUCCACUUAGUAUUAAUCCUGCUGUUGUGGGUUAGCAAUGUGAAUUUGCCCUGUGCAAAGAACAAGUGUCCUUUUACCUCAGAUAUUGCACAGCAUUGCUAUUAAGGAAACUAUAGCAAAGCAGUUGUGUUACUGAACUAGCAGUCAGGAGGCAUAAGUUCAAAUGACAUUUAGAAACUGAAUUCUGUUGAUGAGGAGACUUGGAAUGAGAAAACUUAUCUGUAAUGGUAUCAGAGAUAAUGGGAACUGCAGAUGCUGGAGAAUUCCAAGAUAAUAAAAUGUGAGGCUGGAUGAACACAGCAGGCCCAGCAGCAUCU